AUGAUGAUUCGGAAGCUGUCACUCAUCGCCAUUUUCACCUCCUGUCAAAUCAUUUCCAUUCAUGGUUUGUUCUUUGAUGAAAAAUCUCACCCUGCUUCAAAGGCUGCAAAGACAAAUGAGGAUGGGGCGAUCGAUACGAUACCUAACACGUCGUCUUCAACUGAUGCCAAUCUUAGUGACAUGAUGUUCGACCAAGACAAUACUCUCAGCAGUUUUGAUAAACAAACUUCCCACAAGAGAAAGAAGAUGAAAAAAGUUAACAACAAAGGUGACAUUCACCUUAAAUUUGGUGGAGAAUUCGAACACACUGAAGAACUUCCCUUUUCAUCUCAAGAUGAUCGGCAGCUGUCUCUUAGCCGGAUUGGUGAAUUCUUUCAAUCAGCAAAACAUCGAGAUCUAUUAUUCAAGGGUGGCGAUAAUCCCUGGGAAGAAGUUCCAGUCUCCUCGGAUCUACUCGACGUUUGGGACGAAGCAGCCAAAAUAGUACGAAGCCAGAGACCCGACAGAAGCGCCAACAAUCAAAUCGUAGCCAUCUAUUCAACUGUGCCACUAUUGCCAGGCCUCAAAGUUGACGCUGUUUCUUACACUGGAAUCAAGCUUCUUCGUUCGCCACUAACAGGACUGCCCUUUUACGAGUUUACCCUUAUCAAAGAGUACUACCUGCCCAAUGGAAGCAAGGGAAUGAAAUGGUUGUUUCAAAAAGUCGUGGGCGACAAAAAACACCCGCAUGGCCUCGACGAUCAAUGCCAUAUCAAAGAUGGAAGGCUCUACACAGCUUCGCCUGGUCGUCAAACUCAUACUCUUGCACGAGUGGCCUUGCAAGAAGACUUGUCGUCUCGUACCUUUCGCAUUCAUUACUUUGGCAAUGUCUUGGUAUCUUGCUGUGUCCCAAAACGUUUGCUCUCUCUACUGCCCUUAUCCCAAAAGGCAUUCGAAGCCCGAGUCAGUCAGUCCAUUGUCCAGCAACUGCAACGUGAAGGAGUCACGUCGCUGAAAAAGUAUCAGCGAGCGGUGGAAGCAUGGGCAAAGGCGGAAGCAACCCCAAACCAUCCACCACAGUGA